AUGUGGGGACUUCUCCUGUGCCUGUUGUCCCUUGUGGGCGCCGCAGUCAUUGGAACUCGCGAUGGCCCCGAACAGUGCCCUGGCUACAAUGCCGUUAACAUCCAGCAACAUGAUAACGCUCUCUUGGCUGACUUGGUCUUGGCCGGUGAUGGAUGUAACUUGUUUGGCUCUGAUCUUCCUAACCUUAAACUGCUGGUAGAGUACCAGACCAACAACCGCCUCCAUGUUAUGAUCUACGAUGCCGAUGAGGAGGUUUAUCAGGUUCCUGAGUCUGUGGUCUCUCGUCCUGCUCCUCAGAGCACUAGCAGUGAUACUUCUGUCCUCCGCUUUGACUACCAGCGUGAGCCAUUCAGCUUCAGGGUCCUGCGCAAUGACGAAGUCCUAUUUGACACAACGGACACCAACAUCGUCUUUGAGUCUCAAUAUCUGAAUCUUCGAACCUGGCUUCCGGAGGAUCCCAACCUCUACGGCUUGGGUGAACAUUCUGAUUCAUUGCGUAUGUCAACCACAAACUACACUCGUACCCUAUGGAACCGUGAUGCAUAUAAGAUUCCCGACAACACAAAUCUGUACGGUAGCCACCCCAUUUACGUGGAUCACCGCGGAGAUACAGGUACACACGGUGUCUUUUUCCUGAACUCCAACGGUAUGGAUGUGAAAAUCGACAAAUCCUACGAAGGAAGACAAUUCUUAGAAUACAAUACCAUUGGCGGUGUCUUGGACUUUUACUUCUUGGCGGGUCCGACCCCCAAGGAUGUAAGCAUGCAGUAUUCGGAGAUUGUUGGUCUUCCUGCCAUGCAAAGCUAUUGGACAUUUGGUUUUCACCAAUCCCGAUACGGAUACCAGGAUGCGUACGAGGUAGCAGAGGUUGUCUACAACUACAGUCGUGCACACAUUCCCCUGGAGACAAUGUGGACAGAUAUUGACUACAUGGACAAACGCCGAGUCUUCACUCUGGACCCUUUGCGAUUCCCGUUGGAAAUGAUGACCGAGCUGGUGAACUACCUCCACAAGCACAAUCAGCAUUACAUCAUGAUGGUUGAUCCAGCUAUCAGCGAUAGCGAUAACGGUGCCUUCAACCGAGGCCAAGAUCGCGGAGUCUUCCUCACAAAUUCUGAUCCCUCGGAGUCGCUGUACAGAGGUGCGGUCUGGCCCGGUGUGACUGUCUGGCCUGACUGGUUCAACCCCGAGACCCAGUCUUAUUGGAACGAAGAAUUCGAGCGAUUCUUCAACCCGCAAGACGGUGUCGACAUUGAUGGUCUGUGGAUCGAUAUGAAUGAAGCUUCCAACUUUUGUGUCUGGCCAUGCUUGGACCCAGUGCUCUUCGCAGAAGACAACGGCUAUCCUCCAGCCCCCCCUGCUACUCGUUCUCCCCCUCGCCCUUUGCCCGGUUUCCCCAAGGACUAUCAACCCAGACCUGAUAGAAAGCGAUCACUUGUUCUGGACCGUCGUGGUACCCCGGGUCACAAGGCCGGACUUCCUGGUCGAGACCUGAUUGCUCCUCUGUAUAAGAUUGGUAAUGCUGCUGGAUCCAUCAGCAACAAGACUCUCGACACCAGUCUGAUUCAUGGUGGCGACAAAGGGUAUUUUGAGUAUGACACUCACAACCUCUAUGGCACCAUGAUGAGCUCUGCGUCUCGCGACGCCAUGCUCGCGCGCCGUCCUAAUGUCCGUCCAUUGAUUAUUACACGAAGCACAUUCGCUGGUGCUGGUGCUCAUGUCGGUCACUGGCUCGGCGACAACGUCAGCCACUGGGACAAGUACCGUAUCUCGAUCGCCCAAAUGCUAGAAUUCGCCUCAAUCUUCCAAGUGCCCAUGACCGGAUCCGACGUCUGUGGCUACAGUGGAGACACAACCGAAGAAUUGUGCGCACGCUGGGCCACCCUAGGCGCAUUCUAUCCUUUCUAUCGAAACCACAACGAGUUCGGCAGCAUCGAUCAGGAAUUCUACCGUUGGCCCACCGUCGCCGAUGCGGCUCGCAAGAUCAUCAAUAUCCGCUACCGACUUCUGGAUUACCUGUACACCUCAUUCCACCGCCAAACACAGACAGGCGAGCCAUUCCUUCAGCCGCUCUUCUAUGUUUACCCCGGUGAUACGAAUACAUUCAACAACCAGCUCCAGUUCUUCUACGGUGAUGCGAUUCUCAUAUCCCCGGUACAAGAUCAGGGUCAGACAUCCGUCGACGCCUAUUUCCCCGAUGACCUAUUCUAUGACUGGCACACCGGUAAGGUGAUAAAGGGAUAUGGAGAGACGAUCACACUGACGAAUAUUGGAAUUACCGAAAUCCCGAUCCAUAUCCGUGGUGGGUUCGUUAUUCCUCUACGUUCGAAAAGCGCACAGACUACAACCGAGCUUCGUCGUCAAGGGUUCGAGCUUGUUGUUGCGCCGAAUGCGGGUGGUUGUGCUACGGGUUCGCUGUAUCUUGAUGAUGGCGAGUCUUUGAAUCCGGAUAGUACAUCCACGGUGGAGUUUGAGUACGACAACGGCCAGUUGCAUAUUCGGGGUAUUUUUGGUUAUCAAGCUGAGAGUGUGGUCGUGGAAUCUGUGACUGUGCUUGGUCAGGGAAAUAGCCACGUUCGUCGGGGUGAGGAUGUCAAAUUCGAUGCUGAUCGCCAGGCUUUGACUAAGGUGGUUCAUAUUGAGUUGACUGGACCUACGGUUAUCAGUAUCUGA